GAUGACGUCAAAAGGAUAGAAGAAAAUGGCGGCUAUUUGAAAUUAAUUUGUGUUUUUAUACCACAAUGUCGAGGAAACGAGCGAUUUUUGCAAUGCUUGUUUUUUGGUUAUCAAAGGAUGAAAAAUGGCAACGUUCCAGGAGCCUAAAGAAAAGUUAUUAAGUCAGAACUAAACAUUCAUUAUGUUGAAGAUGCAUGACAUACAGCAAACAUUAUGCUGGUUUUGAAGUAGCAGUGCCCUAGAGUUAUUAAUGGCACAAUGUCAUCCAAAUCGGAACCUGUAAAAUAUGGACGGAAGAAAACGGUACCAGCAUGUCCAAAUCCUCUGUUCCUUAUGUGGUUGACAGAGCUUAGAGAUGCCGCAGCAGAAAAUAAAUCAAAGAUGCAGUAUGUUUAUCAGAAGGCCAUCAGCUCACUAAAAAAAUAUCCACUUCCUCUGAAGAAUGGAAAAGAAGCAAAGAUCCUUCAGAAUUUUGGAGAUGGAAUCUGCAAAAUUUUAGAUGACAAACUGGCCCAGUAUUAUGCAGAAAAUGGUCAGGAUGCUCCAGUUCAUACUGUGAGUGUGGACAACUUAACAGUUGGGCAGGAAAAAUGUAAAAAGAAAAAGAAUCCAGCAAUGGAUACUGCUCCAACAGAUGAAGCAUUAGUCAUGUUGUCCUCUAAUAGCCCAGAAGAAGACGGUCCUUCUCCUUCUAAGAAAAAAUUUCUUUGUAAAAGCAGAAAAGGCAGGCCCUAUGUUCCCCAGAAACGUUCUGGAGGCUAUGCUGUUUUACUGGCUCUUUAUCAGGACUUUCAGAAAGUUGGUAGCAAAGGAUUUCUUACCAAGGCAGAGCUCCAAAGGGAAGCCCAACCUCUGUGUGAUAAAUCCUUCACUGUGCCUGAGCUUGGCACUAGGUAUACAGCCUGGUCUUCAGUCAGUACACUAAUCCAGAAGGACUUUGUCCUGAAGACUAAUAACCCAGCAAGAUACUCUCUGACAAAGAAUGGCCUGGAGCUAGCUAGAAAACUGCUGACGAAUGAGGAAAAUACAAGUAAUGUCAACAUCCUCGAAUCUUCACAAAAGAAUGAGAGUGAACAAAUUGAAACUGUAGAUCUUGCAGAGGAAGAAGAAACUGAUGAAGUAAAUAUAAUAAGCAGAGCUUUAACAGGUGAAGGCACUGAAUAUGGGCAGAGUAGUGAUCUAAGAGGGAUGAGCAAUCUGUGCACCACUCAAGAUGGAAUUCCAACUUUGCGAACUUUGAAUGUACCUCAUGUUCAUGUACCCGAGUUUACUUUGAAACCUGGAUGUUUUGACAUUAUUCUCUGUGUGGAUUUCGUUGAAACCACUGGAGGAUCCAGUGCAAGGAAACAAGAGUUGGUGACAGAGCUGAAGAGAAAUGGUGUGAAUUUUGAUGUAAGGAAGCUGCAUGUUGGAGACUUUUUGUGGGUUGCACGGGAGAAAGUGAAUUUUGUGCCUGGUCAGUUGCGUGCCCCCCAGCCCCGUGAACUAGUCCUUGAUUAUAUUGUUGAACGCAAGCGAAUGGAUGACUUAUGUGGAAGUAUCAUUGAUGGGCGCUUUCGUGAACAGAAGUUUAGGCUGAAGAGAUGUGGGUUAAAGAAACCAAUCUAUCUGGUUGAAGACUGUGGCUCUGCACAGCACCUCAGUGUGCCUGAAAGUACAUUACAGCAGGCAAUAGUGAACACACAGGUUGUUGAUAAUUUUUUCAUUAAACAAACUAAGGAUGUCAGAGAGUCUGCAGCUUAUCUGACAAUUAUGACCAGAUACCUUCAAAGCUUGUAUAUGAACAAGACUCUCAUGAGCUGCUUCAAGGAAGAGUUGAAGUGUGAGCAGAUCUUUCCUCCUUCAAGCCAAUCUUGUAUCUUCAUGACAUUCAUGGAAUUUAAUGAAGGAGCUAUGAAGAACAAGGCACAGACUGUGAAGGAGGUAUUUGCUCGUCAACUUAUGCAGAUCAGUGGGAUUUCGGGAGAUAAAGCAGUUGCAAUUUUGAAUAAUUACAGUACUCCAUCCAGGCUUCUUGAAGCCUACAAAGAGUGUGCCACUGAGCAAGCUCAAGAAAAACUCCUUUCUGGUAUCAAAUAUGGCAAACUUCAAAGGAAUAUUGGACCAGCACUUAGCAAGACCAUAUCACAGCUAUACUGCACAAUGGGACCUCUGUCUUAAAUUGUGCUACAUAUUUCAAAUAAGCAGAAGAAAUAAACAAAACCUCCACAAAAAUCUCAAAAUGGAAUCUGUUGUUUGGAAAAUACUGUUUCAGGAUUUUAUUGCAAGCACUGUAGCCCAGAAAGUGUUCAUUAAGGAUUUUUUCUCCCAUUACAAAAAUGUCCACGGUGCUGUUCAUCCCUUUUGUCCUUUUGUUCACUUCACACUUUGAAAUGUUGCACCAGGGGACAGGAGGCUGUCUUUGCUGUAAGGAUUGUUGUUUUUGGGGGUGGGGGGCCUAUUAAAAAGUGAACUCACCCAAGUAAAACUAUUUUGUAUUAUGUACCUGAAAAGAAGUGAAUUUGUCUUGAAUUGAAGAGUGUAAAUUAGAUGUAAUUACUGCCUUUUAAAACAGAUUUUUCUAAUAAAAAUAUGUUUUCUUUUUUU